GCAAACGCUCCCAUCGCAUCGCGGGCGGUCACACACCUUUGCGCUACCCUGUCCCCCUUUCUUCUCUUCCUCAUCUCAACAAUCGCUCAGACGCCCGACGCUGUCGCAUCACAGUCUCAGCUCGGACCGCCGUCUCGCUGGUCUCGGCGAGCGGCAAUUGCCUCUCAACACACACACACGCACGCACUCCUCGUAGCAUACACGGCGAUCACGACGCUCAGAGUGAGGCAAUAGGCAGAGGGAGAGGCAGGCAAGGCCAAAGCCAGGCUCCACUGGUAAGGCCAGAUGGGCUCACCUCCUCCUCGACCAGGCCAGCAGGAAAGGGGUGCUAGCCGCGAUGACAGCACCAGUCGCCCGCAGCUGUCAAGCGCAUCGUCCUCUUCAUCACUGAAGCGACCGCCUUCUAGCUCCUCUACAAAGAGUACUACGCCUCAGUUGCCUAUGCAUCCGACCUUCAGCCAGACUGCGACACCUCGCGCUGCUACUUCUUCCUCAUCAUUGUCCAAGUGGAGCUCAGAAGACCUCGAAAGAGCGGCCGAUGUCAGAGCGACGUCCACUGGCUCUCCUACGCCUUCGGGCUCUUCGAAUGUCAAGCCGACACCUCUGACGUCGCGCAGCAUUGCUACCGAUCUGAAGUCGCCUCCGCGGGCUCGAGAGCCAGUGUCCAGCGACUUGGGCGAGCAGGAAGAUGAGGCAGGAGACGUCCAUCGCAAGCUGUCAUUUAGUCGCACUACUGAUGGAGCCUGGACAGAUCUGCGUCGCUCCUCGUCCACCGCAGGCAUCUUCGACCUCGAUACAGACGUCGUCGCUGAGCCGGCCGCCCCGGCCGCCGCAUCAGCAGCUGCUCGAAGCUCGCCCACUCGCACCUCCCCGACUGCCAUCCGUUCAUCGCAGCCCCGCCCGCCUCCAUCCUCCUUCAUUGACCCAUUCGCAGCUGGCUCGCGGGCGCAGAGAGGGCAGCCUCGCACCUCACUCGGCGAAGCCUUCGGCGCCAGACGCCAGCAAUCUACCCUGGCUGUCCCGCCUGCCACAACUACACCAUCUACCGGCCCUUCAUCCUCGUCAAGCGGCCCCUCCUCAGGGCCCAUCACUAUCGCAACGGCAGGCAAGCACGGCAAGUUCCCCUUUGACACGACGCCCUCCUUCUCCAGUCCCCUAGCCUACGCCUCAAUCCUACCCAACGACGCAGCGGAUGACUUUGAUCUGGACCGCGUCAGCCCAUCAGACGCAAACAAUGAUGCACGAGAGGUUGAGGACUCGCUGCAGAGUCUUGGGGUAGCGGCUAGCGAGGCCGAGGCGGACGUACCUCCUGGUUCGCGUAAGGCCAGCAACGAGUCUAGCAUGGCAAAUGCUUCACACGCUCUGCGCAAAGUCAGCAACGAGUCUCGCGACUCCAGCGCGGCAAACGCCUCGUCCGGCUCAAUACGACGCCGCAGCUCUGGCCGCGUGUCCGCAAUGGGCCCUCCGACCUCGAUUCCGGCUCGACGUCACCACACUCCCUCCUCGUCCAGCUCUGCUGCGUCAGUCGUCUCGGCCUCUACAUCGCCGGACGAGGCAAUGCCCAUGCAGCACCCUUUACGCAGCCUCAAAGCGCAGGGCAAGCAGCGAGAGGACUCAGCUCGCAGCAUCAGUGGCUCCUUCUCCGUCGGCAGUCCGGUCUCUUCGUCCAGUCAAUUCAGCACAUCCCCCUCGAUGACGUGGGAGCAACGACCGCUCAAAACGCCACUAAGCGUUUCGGCGGCAGGGCAGCAGCAAGAGACGCGCACCGCUAGCGGGACGAGCAGGCGACGCAAGUCGAGCGUGGCAGGCCUCGGAGGUAGCAGUGCGCAUCGCAGAGCGAGGUCGCUGGGAGGAGCUCUGAUGAUUGGAGGCUUUGAGCCGGGCUCUGCGGCCUCUUCGCCCAUUGGUGGGCCGGAUGGAGUAGAUCCGAACCUCGUUGCUGCGAUUCGAGGUGGGGACGUCAGCAUCCCUAGCACGCCGAUGCACGAGAACGCAGCAGCAGCAGCAGCAGCAGGCUCAACGACGGGCUCUUCAUCCUCGUCAGUAGGCUCGCCGCCCAUUGCGACGCCGCUCAGUACUCCAUUCGGCUCAGCGAAGCGACGUUCCGGCCUGUUGAAUCUCGUGCCAGGCGUAGGGAUAGCUACUCCUGAGAGCUCGAGGUCACGAGCUGGCACUACGACGUCGUCCGCUGAUGGCGGCAAAUCUGGCGCCUCAGAGGCAUCGGGAGGAGAUGCAGCUACGGAGCCCUCCACCUCGCCAGUCUCUUCGCGGUCACCAACCGACGCUAUCCCUCCUUCCGACUACGUUCGCGCUCGUACGCGAAGCCAGACGAUUGCUAGCAGCGGACAAAGUCCACGAGGCGCAAAUGCCAAUUUGAGCGCCUCGAUUGGGCCGGGAACUGCACGCUCGAGCAGUAAUACCGGCAGCUUAGGCGAUGCGAUUCGUCUACAGCGGGUGCCAACCUCGAUCCGACUUGCCGGCGACGUCUUUUCGCCCCCGAAUGCACAGCAGCGCAAUCGCGCAACGACGACUGCCACGAUGGAUUCGCCUCUGCAGACUGUGCCGUCCCCGCGCAACUCGAUGUCCAACUUUGGGCCUCGCUCCUCAUUGGGCGAUCAGGCGCCAGCACAGCUGGGUCUUGGAAUCCAUGGACAGCAGGAUACGAGCCCACAGCUUCCUGCUACGCCGAGCACCAGCAGGCGCCCUUCGCCACGCCCGUCGCGCACUGGCUUGUCUACAGCCUCGUCCUCUGGACGCGCGUCUCCCACUGACGUCGAUGUCGGCCCAGGCUCAGGCGCACGCUUCCUCGCCCCGCCACGACGAGACCUAAGCGACUCCUCUUCCAUGUCCCUCUCCGGCAUGUCCGGCAUGUCACACAGCAUCGCCUCUUUGCCCGCUUCCGGCCUCCCGCGCACAGCAGAGGAGCAGAGCCACGGUAUCACCACGCGGCGUCGCUCCAACUCCCCUGAGCAGCGUCUGCGGUCCUCAACCGUGGGGCCCUCAGCAGGAAGCGCCUAUGCUGCCUUGCUGUCCGUCUCGCCUAGCCUACCCCGAGCAAGCAUCAGUGGCGGCGGCGGUCACGAACCCCUGCGAAUCAAUACGGAUGCAGCAGUCGAGCACCUCGGCGGUGGCGGCAGUGCUACUGGCUCUCCCGUGGGUCGUUCACCCAUUCGAGCGCGCGGUGCUGGUCGCCUUUCCCUGGCACAGGGCACGCUACCAUCCAACGCUCUGCUUACUCCCGGCGGGCUUGGUCCGGCAACACACCCUGGGACGGACGAGUAUGCGCAGAUCAUCCUGCAGAGCCGCAAUGCUAAGAUGCAGAAAUGGCGCGUCCCUAGUGCGACACUGGCGGACGACUCGAUGAUUGAGGACCCGGACGAGUCCGUACGCGACUUGCAGCGUCAGCGCCAGACGACAGCUGUCUCGGCUGGUGGUGGAGCCGCAGCGAGUGGAACACCGCUCGGUCGCCGAGGUACCACGCUGGGGCUGCCGGAGCGCUUCCGGACUUACAGGGAUGCACGGGCGGAUGAGAGUCUGGAUGCCGACGAGUCGCGAUCCGCUGCUCAGGCAUUUGCCGGCUUCAGUGGGGAUAGCGCGGGGGAGAUUGAGUGGGUCGACUGGCUUGAUGAGUAUCGCAAGAUGAAGGAGGCAAAGUUGCAGUCCGAGCGGGAGAGCGAGGCGGUCGGCGAGGCGGUCGGCGAGGAUGCGAGUGUUGGUCCAACGACGCAGGCAUCCAAGCAAGAGCCGUCAUCAACGGUAUCUCAGCCACCAGUCACGGCGCUGCCUUCAUCGUCGUCGAUGGGCUCGCACGCACAGUCCUCCUCGUCACCACCUCGUCAAGUCUCGGCCCCAACGCCCCCUGCCGUGUCCGCCUCUUCAUCAACCACUCUCCUGGCAGGAGGGACCCCUCGCCGACCGUCCGAGCCACCCCUUCACCAACAGCAGUCUCGCUCAUCCUUUAACACGACUCUCGACACCACUACAGCAUCCCCGCUGCGUUCUUCCUCUUCAUCACAGAAGCCGUCUCGAAACCUCUCCCUCUCACCCAUGUCUUCCCGCUUCGCCCAUGUUCACGCCGCACCGUCGUCCGGGUCGGGUUCCUCCUCCUCGUGGACGAAUCGCCGUCGCAACCGCAACCUAGGCAGCAGAAUCGAAGCAUGGUGGGGUUCAGUCAAGACGGGCCUCUCGUCGAGCCUGCAGUCUCCUCCACCAUUACAGCGCAACAAGGGCUUCCCGAGCUCGCCGGGUGGGGCCUACGGGGCGACAAUGCGGCAUGCGAGCCACAGUGGCGGACUCAGUGGCAGGGCACUCAAGCCUCGCCCUGCAGUGAUUGCGCCACCGCCUCCCGCUGCGACGUCGUUCCCCACCAAGGAGCCAGCGUCUUCCUCUUCGUCAAGCAGGGCGAUGCCAGACGCUUGGGUCGCCUCUGUCACCACGCCAUCGCAGCUCUCCCUCCAGACGCUGCGAGAAGCGCGACCAGAAGCUCAGGCAGCGGGGCAGCCCCGUCAAGAGAGGCCAUCGCACGAUAGCGGAUCUUCAUCGCUGGGCAGCACGACGGCUAGCAGGCGCAAGCAGCCGCACCUCUCGCUCAACCUCGACAAGGGCACGAGCAGCUUUGACGCUCGCGAGUUUGAGGGGAUCAGUCAGGCCAUCCACACCGGCCGAAGCUCCAACAGCGGUCCUCGAACCUCUUCUCCUCUUUCGCAAGGGCCGAGCCCUCGCCACGUCUCGCACCCUCUGCCCGUCAAGGAGGAAGACUCGCCCGCGGCUGGAGAGCAGCAGCAGCAACAGAGCCUUGGUGAAGCCUUUCGCUCGAAUGUCUCGAGCCCCAAACAGAAGCCCGAGCGGCCUAGUCUGCCUGAGCGGGCAAGCAGCGAGACUCGUGGAGCUGCAGCGCCGCAACAAGGAGGAGGAGGAGGGGCGCCGCCGACGUCCAAAGAGAUUACGAUUCGCUCGAUCCGCCAUCACAUUCGGCAUCGCCUUGCAGCAUCCAAGGAGAGCUGCGACAAGGAACUGCGCAAGAUCGUGCGCGCCGUCAAUGCAUUCGUGGAGGCUGGUCUCCAGGAGCAGCAUGACGAGGGCUCAGAGUUGGGCGAUGACGAUGAUAUCAAUCUGCUCGGCGAAGAGAUGCAGGGUCUUCAGCUCGAAGAGGAUGUCAAUAGGCCGGUCAUGCCCCGCCCUUCGCUGAUGAGGCGUACAACGAGCAGCUCAAGUGGACGGCGCGACAGCCCGGCCAAGGUAGCGAGCCCUCCUCUGCCAUCAGAUCCGGAUGAGACGCCUCGUCCUCACGACGACGCCAAUGACUCGCCGGUCUCCUCACCACCUGCACAACCGCAGUCCAUCCUUAGCGAGCGAUUCACCAGCACUCACCCUCAAUCCGUGCCCCUCUCCAUGUCCUCCUCUUUCCCUGGGCUCAGCGCAAGCCACCACCUCAUCGCCGCCGCAGCGCGCAGUCGCGACGCUUCCCGCUCCGUCUCCAACUCUCGCUCGACAUCCCGCUCCCACUCGCCCAUGCCGCCAACUCUGCGUCCAGCAGCUGACAUGGAUUCGCCGCGCUUCUCCCCUGCACGACGCAUUCGCCGCUUACCAGCUGGUGACCCGCCGCUGGAGCCGUUUGUCCCUGCGCUACAAGACAUCGUGGGCAUUGCCCUCGACGUGGCCGAUAUGCCUAUUGCGGCGCUCACGUCUCGUUCGGGUGCUUGCACGGAGAUCAUCGCGAAUAUUCAGAGUGUAGGCAAGGCGUGGGAUGAGCAUCCCGACUGGCCAGGGAGAGGGUGGUUCGUUCAGCUGCUCCUCGCUGUUGCGGGCUUGUCCCGUGUGGUCGAGUGGUGGGAGGCGGAGAAGGGAUUUUGGAACUUCGAUGAUGAAGGAGAUGAGGAUGCGGAGCCCAUCAGCUUCAGGUUCGGAGAUCAAGGCACCUACGAGUCGGCUGGCGCAGGAAGUCCGGCAAAGGCGCGCUACCCGCAUGCUCCGUCGACGAGGGCGAGUAGCGUUACCAGCUCGCCUGCGCUUGACCCUACGGAUCGACGAGUCUUCUCUGAGCCAGAGAGGGGGCCAUCACGCCUUGCAUUGGCUGCUGCGAUGCCAGAGGAGGGCGACGAGUCCAUGGCUACUACGGCUGCCGAGACAGCAGCUACCACGGCGGCGGGGACGGUUGUGCACACAGGCACUGAACCAGCACAGCGUCCGCUCGCGCUCGGCGUUGACCAGCAAAACGUCCUAAUGGAGCUCAGCCUCGAUCAAGAGCGACUCAUCUACGUCAGCCCAGCCUGGCGGGACGUCAUUGGCUCGGAUCCCGACCAGCUACUCGACAGCCCCAUUGCCGACCUGCUCGCUCCCACCGACUUGGACACGUUCGCGGAAGCCACACGCCAGCUGCAACUCAAUGAGUCGCACACCGUUGAGAUUGCCUUCCGCAUGGCCGUUGGCGGUGAGGGGAUGGACGCGAACCUCUACCAGGAGAUGGAAGGCAAGGGCAUGCUUAUGCGCGACCGCGAGGAGGGCCUGCCAUCGCACACGAUGUGGGUCUUCAAACCCGUCGGUAGCCCAGAGCCAGAGGCAGAGCUUUCCUCCAGCCCGCACGCUCCUCAGGCGGCCCUCACUGCCGCUGGUAUGACGGCCGCAAGCAUCUCGACGGAGCCCAUCCUCUGCCGUAUCUGCGAGCGCGACGUGCCUACCUGGUUCUUCGAGAAGCAUUCAGAGAUCUGCAACGAGAUCCAUCGUCUUGAGAUGGAGGUCGGGGAGUGUAAUGAGGGCUUGGCUGAGCUGAGGCGCACGGUGAGGUCCAUCGUUGAGUCGUUGGACAAUAAUGCCGAGGAGCAGGAGCAGCCCCAGUAUCGUGGUGCGAGGCUCACCACGCCUGCCGCCUCGAACGACCCGCCGUCGGCGCUCGAGCACCUGCAGAAGUCUCUCUCGCCUCGACAGCUCGCGCCAGCCGUCGUUCGCAAGUCGCACUUCCGAGCGCUGGAGGCUCUGCUGGACAUCUUGCUCGUGGCAAAGGAGAUCUCCACGCCAAGCAUCAAGGAAGACGACGUCGCCGACCCGGUGGACAAGCAGCGACUCCUCAGCCCCACCUCAGAGGGCCGCAUCGCCCAAGUGCGAGCGUGGAAGCCACCAGGCGUCGAGGAUCCCGCCAUCGAGGUGUUGAUCUCCGACGUCCAGACGGCCAUUCGCAACAAGCUGAGCGUUGUGAAUCGCACGCUCAACACGAUUGUCUACGUUGAGACAGUGCGACUUGAGUGGGAGGAGCGAGUUGAUGCUGCGUUGGCUUCGGUGGCACACAGCGGUGGCAGUGACGGCGAAGGGAGCGGCAGCGAGGAGGCUGAGGGCGAGGUCGAGGGCGAGGGCGUAGACAAAGCGGAGCCCAAGACUGUAGCGCAAGAGGCGCCUCACCCCACGCCGCCGCCAAUGACAGAGGACGAAGAGGAUGCAGCAGAGACGUCGGCCAUUCUGCUGGAACGCGACGACCGUGAGGACAUCAAGGACGAGGAGGAGGAUGAGAAGCGCAGCGCGGCAUUGUCACCGGCUACUGCAGGAGAGGACGGUGACGAGAUCCCUGGCGUUGAGCAGCUGAUGGGCGGGCGAGCUCACGUCACGGAGCAGCACGCGCCGGCUAUCCCAAUCCCACGACCAGGAAAAGGAGCUCACGCAGGACCGUCAAGACCUUCCCCUCUCGGCCUUGAAGACGCUGGCGCCGCUGGUGGGAGCGGGCUUGGCAUCAUUGCGCCGCGAUCUCGCCACGGUUCUGCUACGUAUACGGCUGAUCCUCACUUCGCCAGCUCAUCCCUCAUGGCCGGCUCGUCCCUUAUGACGGGCUCAUCCCUGCGUAGGGUCUCUCAUCGUCCCUCUCUCGCAGUCGGUACGCCCACGUCACCUCGAAUCCCACCGACCGCCCCUUCCUCACGCUCAACAGCCUCCUCAAUCAAGGACUUCGACAUCAUCAAGCCGAUUAGCAAGGGCGCAUUUGGAUCCGUCUAUCUCGGCAAGAAGCGCACGACGGGCGACGUCUACGCGAUCAAGGUGCUCAAGAAGAAGGACAUGAUCACCAAGAACCAAGUCACCAACGUCAAGGCCGAGCGCAUGAUCCUCAUGACCCAGACGCAGUCGCCCUUCGUCGUCAAGCUCUACUUCAGCUUCCAGAGCACGGACUACCUCUACCUCGUCAUGGAGUACCUGCCCGGUGGAGAUUGCGCGUCGCUGCUUAAGAUGCUCGGCGGGCUGGAUGAAGAAUGGACGAAACGCUACGUGGCUGAGAUUGUAAACGGGCUUGAGCAGCUCCACGCGCAGGGUAUCGUGCAUCGUGACCUCAAGCCGGACAACCUGCUCAUCGACGCCAAGGGUCAUCUCAAGCUGACCGAUUUUGGUCUUUCCAAGAUUGGUCUUCUCAAGCGACAGACUGGACCGGCAGAUCGCAGCGCCAUCACGCCCAGCGGGCACUACAAGCCCGAGUCACCUGCCACCUCUGGCUCAGGCCUCGCACGAAGCAGCACAGCCUUCUCUGACUCUCCUACCACCUCGUCGCCCAUGACGCCUGGCUCGUCUGUGGCUCCAUCAGCAGCCACCGCUGCCCCGUUCUACGUCGACUCAAGCACAGGCCAGCGCGGCGAGAAGAUGCACCCCAUGCCCUCUGCAGGUGGCACAAUCGAGACGCCCGAUGCUCCUCCGCCCUCCUCUGGCUCCUCGCGCACCCCUCGCGCCUUCGUAGGCACGCCGGACUACCUCGCACCCGAGUCCAUCCUCGGUAUUGGCGUAGACGACAAAGCGGUGGAUUGGUGGGCUCUUGGCGUCAUCCUCUACGAAUUCCUCUACGGCAUCCCGCCCUUCCACGCCGAGACGCCCGAGCUCGUCUUCAAGAACAUCGUCGGUCGGACCAUCGACUGGGAGGAGGACGGCGUCGGUGCCGAAUUCUCGCCCGCUGCGCGUGACCUCAUGGAAAAGCUCAUGUGCUACAAGGCCGAGGACCGUCUUGGAUCACGAGGCGCUGCCGAGGUAAAGUCGCACGCCUUCUUCGAGGGCAUCGACUGGGAUCGCAUCGUUGAGGAUCCAGGGCCAUUCGUGCCCGACGUACUCAACCCAGAGUCAACGGACUACUUUGAUCUGCGAGGAGCGCGCGAAUUUGAGCAUGAAUACAGCGAGCCAGCUCCCAGCGUUACGGCGUUUGCCAAGGCCAUCGAGCACAACAGGCGUCGCGGCGGUGGCGGGGCUGCUACGGCUAGUCGCUUCAAGAUUACGCAGGGUCGGUUCGAGCGCGAGCAGCGCGAGCAGCAACAGGCCAUGGAUGACUUUGGGUCUUUCAGCUACAAGAAUCUGCCGGUGCUCAAGCAGGCGAAUGACGAGGUCAUCAAGAAGCUCCGUACUGAGGCCAGCAUGUCACAGAGCUUAGAUGCGCCAAGAAAGCGCAGCCUGUCGUCCAAGGUCGCGAGCAGUGCGCUGCGGGCUGUCUCGACGGGAAGGCCGCCUUCCCCUGCCACGUCUGUGUCCUCGUCGCAGAGCUCUGCGCCCGUAAGGACGAGGGCUACAACCAUGGGCGGUGGAAACGACCUUGCCGUGUCAUCUCCCGGCGCACCCUCGUCAGUAAUGGAUCGGCGACGCUCGCAGCUCAUCGGCAACAACAAUCUGAGCGACUCGACGGACUCGCGUGGACGCACGGCCUCUAUAAGCACCAGCGAGGCGAGCGCUCCGUCUGGCCCGCCAGCCUGGACGACGCUGAGGCGACGCCCGACCGCAGCGGGGCUUAUGGGCAGCGGUAGCGAAGGCGAGCAGAGUCCCAGUGGGCGUGGCAGUGACAGCCUUUCACAACAGCAGCAACAGCGCGCCAGUAUGCAGCAACGCAGUGGCUCCGGCUCCCUGACCGCCAACGUCCCGCCAAGCGCGGAUUCCCCCACGCUACCGGAAUGCCUCGUAGCAGAGGACAACCCAAUCUCCUCGCGCAUCCUUUGCCAGAUCCUCACACGUCUGGGCUGCAAGACCAAGACGGUUCGUAAUGGCGCUGAAGCCGUACGACUGGCCAUGUCCGACUCCAAGGUGUACGCCGUCCUUUUCGUGGACCUGACGCUCCCCAUCGUCAACGGCCAGGACGUGGCGCGCAUGGUCAAGUCGACGCGGAAUGCUAAUUCUCUCACGCCCGUCGUGGCGCUGGCUGAAUGGCAUGGCGAGGGACCGGUGCCGGCUAGCAUGGAUGUGACGGGCAGCGUGUUCGAUGGGUGUCUGACCAAGCCCAUCGACUGGGCCGACGUGAGAGCUAUACUGCCUGGUAUGCUGGCGAGGGCCACGCUCAAUCACAGCGGCGCAGGUGCAGGAGCAUCAGCGCCCAGCAUGGGUAGGCAGAGUGUGGGAAGCGCAGGUCCCGCGUCCGCAGCGACGACUUCCUCGACCACAACGCCGCCGAUGGUAUCCCCUCCCCCGCGCAUGGUCAAGCAACGCACCGCCUCGGGCCGGACGGUCAUGACCCUCGGGUCUGCAGCGCGAGAAGAGGACGAGGGUCAAGCGAUGCCGUCGAGUGGAAGCGGAAGGAUUGGCUCGCCGGUGACGAGCAAAGAGGUGGAGAGUCUCGCGAGCAAGUUUGGCGUCGCCUCGUUGAGCGGCAGCGGUGGCGCAGGCGCGGCGGAGGAUGAGAAUGAGGAGGCGGUGUUGGAGUGA